AUGGACCAGAAUGAGGAAGCUGGGCUCGAGGAGCGCUUGAAAUCCGCUCUCUGGCUGGCCAUUGGAAAAAUCGUGGACGAAGAGACUAUCAAACUUGGUAUCAAUGCCACGCCUCAGUUUAUUGGGGCCUUGACGGAAUUAGUCUGGGCUCAGAUAGAGACGGUUGGCCAGGACUUGGAGUCGUUUUCCAAGCAUGCCGGCCGCUCGACCGUCAACGUCAACGAUGUCAUGCUCCUGGCACGCCGCAACGAGGGCUUGGAAUCCAUCUUACGCGCGUUCGUCGAGCAGCUACGUGAUCAGGGGGCCUGA